UUUAUUUUAGUAACAAAAGUGCAGCAGAAAAGUGAAGUUUAUAUUAACGUUAGAAAAUACAUAGCAGUGAGUGAAAAAAUCGAAAAAAAAAAAUAAUUUUGUAACAAAGAAAAAAUUAUAUAUUACUCUAUAUAAUAAAACAAUUUGCAAAAUAAAUAAAAAGAGAUUUUAACGAAUAUUUUUAGAAAAUUAACGAAGAAUUUUCAAAAUACACAUACACAAAAAACAAAUUAAUUAAAGAAAAAUAAAUAUAUUUUUAGAAAGAAAGAAAACUACAGUGUUUAUUUUUGUAGUAUAGAUAUUAUUACAAAAAGUGUAACAAAAAAAGAAAAAGCAAUUACAAUUGAUUUGUGUAAAAAUUUUAAAAAAUUAUUUUGUCAAGUAUUAAUAAAAGAAAAACUAAUGUCAUCUACCAUGGCUGAAGGAUAUAUUAUGAAUUUUAAUCAGGACUUUACUUCCAUAUCGGUUUUGAGUAAAAAUGGCUUUCGUUUGUUCACCAUUAAUGCGGGCGAUAAAAUCGAUGAGAUAUUCGCCAAAGAGAAUUCCGAACAAAUACGCAUUGUCGAGAGGCUAUUCAAUAGUUCGCUGGUAGUGCUGGUCACUCAACAGAAACCCAACUGCCUAAAGAUGCUGCAUUUCAAAAAGAAACAGGAUAUUUGUAAUUGUGUUUAUCCUUCGGAUAUAUUGUGUGUUCGCAUGAAUCGUUAUCGUUUGGUUGUGUGUCUGGCGGAGAGUAUACAUAUACAUGAUAUACGCGAUAUGAAAAUCUUACAUUCCAUUGAGAAUAUAGCACCAAAUGAAUAUGGUUUGUGUUCGCUGUCAUUGAAUUCACAUUUAGCAUUUCCCAUUUGUACGACCAGUGGCGAAUUGAGGAUUUUCAAUGCCAAUAAGUUGAAGACGGGUCUGACGAUUAAGGCUCAUGAUACGGCCUUGUCUGCCUUGAAUUUUUCACCGAAUGGCACUAUGUUGGCCACAGCCUCGGAGCGUGGUACUGUGAUACGGGUAUUUUGUGUUAAGAAUGGUCAAAGGGUGCAGGAGUUUCGAAGAGGCGUUAAACGUUGCGUGAGAAUAGCUUCAUUGGUAUUUUCUACCACCGGAGAUUUCCUGUGUGCAUCUUCAAAUACCGAGACUGUUCAUAUAUUUAAGAUUGAUGUUAAAGCUGUGGAGGCUGCGGAAAGAAAGUCAAGUAUAGUGGACGAUGAAGCUAAAAAACCCCCUGCAGCUUUAGCACCUUCAACAUCUCAACCUAAAGAGGAGGCUUCUAUCCAACAAAAAGCUGCAAAUGGUACGGCUAAUAGUACAACUUCAGCUGAUCCCCCUGCUACAGCAAAUCCUUCCAAUAAUCAACCGCCCGCCUCUACAACUUCUAAUAAUUCCUGGUCCAUGAGUGGUUAUCUAUCAAAAGCGGUCUCCUCUUAUCUGAUACCUUCACAAAUAGGUGAUGUAUUGGCCCAAGAUAGAGCUUUUGCCACCGCUGUAUUAGGUCAGCCGGGUCUUAAACAUGUUUGUGGUUUGGCACGCAUACAAAAGGAGUUACGUUUAUUAAUGGCCUGUGAAGAUGGUUUUCUUUAUGUGUAUGAUUUUAAUAGUGAAAAAGGUGGACCUUGUAAACUAUUGCAUGUUCAUGAUUUGCGUUACACCCUAGAAGGUGUUAUAGAACUCAACCUAUCCGACAGCAUGGACAAAAUCUCUCUUUCAGGCCUUUUACCCUCUACACCCACUACCAAUCCCUCCUCCGGUUUCUCAGCUGAUAAGACACCUACUAUUUCUACAGACUCUCAACAUUCCAAGGAUUCGUCACCUUCGCCCCACAGUAAAUCUAGCUCUAUGAGCAGUGUUAGUGUUAUAAUCGAAAAUCCUGAUCCUUCAACGGAUAAUUCAUAUGCUAGCAUUUUAAAAGGCUCUGAACAAACGGUGAACACUACUCUGACAGAUUCUGCCAAAUUUCGAAAACUCUGUGAUGCCAUUGACACACCCACUAAACUGUACGAUGAACGACAAUUUCCUCCUGUAGCUAUAGCAGCCAAAGAUUGACACAAAAAUCCCGCCAAGGCUCAGCGUUUUAAGGAUUCUAACAUGACAUAAACAAAAAGGAUUUUUUAUAAAUAAAAAAUCCAUAAAAAAGAAUUUAAAAAAUUUAAAAAAACAAAAAUCUACUCAAAAAAAAAAAAAAAAAAAUCUUGUAAAAAUUUUUAGUAAAAAAACUUAUAGGUAUUAACUUACCAUUAAUAAUUAAAAAAAAUAUGUUAUGAGUUUUAACAAACCAAAAGAAUUUUGCAUAAAAUUGAAAAAAAUAUAUUUUUGAUUUGCAUGAGGUAUUUUUUUUUAAACUAUUUAAAUUAGUUUAAUUUAUUUUAUUAACUCAUAUAAAAAUUAGCAUUUAAUUAUAACAAUUUUAUUAUUAUAUUUUUAGCUUUGUUUUUUUUUUAAGUUUGCAAUAUUUAUCCAAGAAUUAAUAAAAAAAAAAUACUUUAAAAGAAAAAGUUCAAAUUAGUUGAAAAUUAUCAAUAACUAUAAAUAAUGUAUAAAUUUAACAAAAUACUCUAUUUAAUUUUGAAGCAAGUAGUAUUAAUUAUUAAAAUUAAAAAAAAAAACAUUAAAAAAGAAAUCUCUAAAUGUAAUAGAUACUUUAGCCACUAAUGCUAUUAAGUUUUCUUUUACAAAAGUCCUUCUUAAGAUUCUUCUACAAACACCAGACAAUCUGUAAUUAUUUUUGCUAAAUUUGUCUCUUAAAGAAACCAACAAAAUAAUGUUUCAAUUUAAACAAAUAAAACUCUUCAUAUGUACCUUAUAAAUGUAAUAUGUAUAUUUAAUUAAAUAUGUAAAUGUUUACACUUAGUAUUUAGUGCAAAUACAAAACAAAUUAAAACUUGUGAAAUUAUUAAUUAAAAUCUGGAAAAUAUGGAAAAUAAACAGAGAAAAAAGAUGAAGGACGGAGAAGCAAAAAAGAAAAAUA